GAAGAUGAGCAAUUUCUUUUAACAAAUUUAUAUUCUCUCUGCGUGUACAAAUUUGUACUAGUGCCAAAUUUGCCAAGAAAUACUCCCUUAUGCAUAUGCUAGCUACCACACUAGCUAUAGAUAGCUAGCUAGCACCAGAGCAGGCCAGCCAGGGCACAACCAGCAACUGCAACUGCAGCUGCAUGCAUCUGUACUUGGUGGUGAGAGGGAGGGAACUUUAAGCCUUGUCGUCCCCUCGGCAGGGCAGGCUCUUACUUGCAUGGUCCCCCUUCUCUCCUCUCCGACCUCACGGCGCCCAUCCCCUUAAAACUGCACCAACUCGUAGCCAAAUUCUUGAGCGAGCUCACAGGCAUACACCAACAUACCAGAGCUGCUUGUCGCCUCACAACCUGGGACGGAACCAGCAGCUCGCUAGAUAGCUGGAAUUCUUGGGGGCAACUAGCCCGCAGCCGGCCAUGGCGAAGUCGCAGGAGGUGCGCAGCGUCGACUCGUUCUCGCAGCUGCCGUUCAUCCGACCGGCCCCCUCCCCGGCCCCGGCGCCAGCGCCGCGGGACACCAUCCGGCUGUUCGGCUGCGAGUUCUCCAACGACCAGAAGGUGCAGGCCAAGCAGGAGGCCAUGGCCGACUCCCCGGACGCGGCCAACGGCAGCACGGUCACGUCCGAGAGCAACGCCAAGCAGAGCGGCGCCGCGGCGGCGGCCGAGAGGAAGUUCGAGUGCCACUACUGCUGCCGCAACUUCCCGACGUCGCAGGCGCUGGGCGGGCACCAGAACGCGCACAAGCGCGAGCGGCAGCACGCCAAGCGGGCCCACCUCCAGGCCUCCCUCGCCAUGCACCGCUACGUCCCCGGCCACAUGUACGGCCUCUUCAACUACCACCACCACCUCGGCCGCUUCGACCAGCCGGCGCCGCUGCCGCCCCCGCCGCCGGCGCACUACCCGAUGUGGACGAGCGCCAGCCCGCCGGGGCCGUACGGCGGAGGGCCAGGCUCCGUGUCGCAGCCAAUUAACGGCAGCCCGGUGCCGGGGAUAUGGAGGGUGCCGCCGCCCAUGGAGAAUUUCGGUAUGGCCGGCCGGCACGGCGCUGACACGGCCAUCCUGGUCGGGCCGGCAGGGGAGGAGGCAGCGUGCAAGGACGAGAAGGCGGUGGUGAGCUUGUUGUCCUCGUCGCCCUCGCUGUCGUCGUGCUCGUCCACGUCGCCGGAGAAGCUAGGUAGGUACGAAUUGGGCCAGAAGGAGAGUGUUAGCUUGGACCUCCAUUUGUAAUUCUUGUGUUUAGGUUUGUUCUUGUUGGUUAGCAGUUGCAAGUCCAUGUUAAUUCUCAUAGUUUUAAAAUAAUCUUUACGUACCCUUUUUGCCGUACGUUUGUGAAAUUCAAGUUUAGCUAGAGCUAGCUUACUUAA